AUGAAUCGUUACAAUAACAUAUCCCUCGUAAUCCUCAGUGUGGUCGUAGGUUGUGUAAUUCGCUGGUUGCUGUUCAAAACGGGAUUGAUAUACAGCAUAAGAAAACUCUUGAGAUGGCUCCAGGAUUGGUUCCACGUUUACCAGUUCCUCAAAGUCCCCGAAUUCAACGAAAGCAUGGAGCGGAAUCAUCUUCACCGCAAAGUUUCUCUCUAUUUGCAUUCCCUUCCUUCAAUAGAAGAUGCCGACUUCACCAAUCUCGUUUCCGGUUACGACCAGAACGACAUCGUUUUGCGCCUCGACCCUAACCAAAUCGUUCAGGACCAUUUCCUCGGGGCCACACUCUUCUGGUUCGAACAAAAAACCCGACCGGACCGGAUUUCCUCCUUCGUUCUCAAAAUUAGAAGAACCGAUAAACGCCGAAUCCUCCGCCACUACCUCCGCCAUAUCAAUACUUUCGCCGAUGAGAUGGAGAACCCAAGGAAGCGCCAUUUGCGGUUGUUCAUGAACGCCGCUGCCGCCGAUGGCGGCGGCGGCGUAACACGGUGGAAAUCUGUUCCGUUCACUCAUCCGGCGACUUUUGAAACUAUGGCGAUGGAAAAGGAUCUUAAGAACAAAAUCAAAUCCGAUAUCGAAUCGUUUCUCAAAGCGAAGCAAUACUACCGUAAACUCGGCCGCGCGUGGAAGCGGAGUUUCCUACUGUAUGGUGCCUCCGGCACCGGAAAAUCGACCUUUAUCGCUGCAAUGGCGAAUUUCCUCCGCUAUGAUGUGUACGACGUGGACCUGUCGAAGAUUCGCUGUGAUUCGGAUCUUCAGUUUCUCCUAAUGGAAACUACGGCGAAGUCGAUCGUCGUGGUGGAGGAUCUCGACCGGUUUCUCUCACCGGAAAUGGAAUCUGCGGUUACCGCGUGGGGGAUACAGAGCUUCAUGGACGGGAUUCUGAGCGCCUGCUGCGGCGAGGAGAGGGUAAUGGUUUUCACGAUGACCAGCAAGGAGUGCGUGGACCCGAAUUUGUUACGGCCGGGUCGGGUCGACGUGCACAUCCACUUUCCGGUUUGUGAUUUCUCGGCAUUCAAGACGCUUGCGAGCAGCUACCUCGGCGUGAGGGAGCACAAGCUGUUUGCGCAGGUGGAGGAGAUUUUCCGGCACGGCGUGAGUCUCAGCCCCGCCGAGAUCAGCGAGUUGAUGAUCGCGAACCGGAACUCGCCGAGUCGGGCCAUAAAAUCGGUUAUCGGGGCGCUCCAAUCGGACUGUGAUGGGAGAAAGUACGCGGAGAUGAUCGGACGGCAGAUAGGGAUGGAUGACGUGGACGAAGCGUCCUUUGGUGGGGACGAGUUAUCUACGGUUAAGGAUUCGAGGAAGUUGUACGGUUUCUUCAAAAAACGGAAUUCCAGAAGAACCCUGAAAGUCCAUGAUACAUCAUGA